UCAUCGGAACGUUUUUACAAUUAUUAUUAAUACGUAGUAUGAAGACGGUCGUCAAUAUAAGAUCGAGGUGACUAUUGACUUCAGUUCGUCAUACGUAUUCUCUAACUUACUCAACGAAAUAAAUCAUGCAUUCAUUUAUUUCAUUUGUGAUUUUCGUUUCAUCUGUGAUUUGGGUGGCCACCGCAACCGACGUGGCUUUUACUAAAUCGUCUAACGAGAAUUUCAGAUCUAAAACUCGGAAAUCGGUUCAAAAAAUAAACUACGACAACUGGUUAAAAGAUAGAAAAACUUUUGAUAUCAGUUACAAAACGGAUAUACCGAAGGAAUUCGAUGCGCGUCAGUAUUUCGUCAAUUGUGCAAAUGUCAUCGGUGAUGUCAAGGAUCAAGGAAAUUGUGCUUCUAGCUGGGCGGUAGCAGUGGCUUCAGCUUUCACGGAUCGGCUUUGUAUAGCGACCAAUGGGAAAUUUACUGAAAACUUGUCCGCACAAAACCUAAUGUCUUGCGGUAAUAGUGAAAAAUUGGGUUGUGAUGGUGGAUCGGCGUUUAAAGCUUGGGAAUUAACUUUGGACAAAGGAAUAGUGACUGGUGGUAACUUCAAUUCCAAUGAGGGUUGCCAGCCGUAUAAAAACAGGCCUUGCGAUCAUUAUGGUGAUAGCAACAUGACAAAUUGUUCGAAUCUCCAUAGAACACAAAUGACAAUUUGCAGAAAAAAGUGUACUAACAAAAACUAUAAAGUUAAAUACGAAGACAAUUUGCAUAAAACUUCGGUCGUUUACAUGACUUCAUGGACAAACGUCACACAAAUUCAACAAGAGAUUAUGACCUACGGCCCUGUGACUGCGUUCAUGUAUGUGUACGAAAAUUUUAUGGGCUACAAAGAAGGAGUUUACAAGUCUACGGCCGGUGAUCUUAUAGGUUACCACCACGUCAAAUUAAUUGGAUGGGGUGUUGACAACGAUGGAAACGAGUACUGGUUGGCAAUAAAUUCGUGGAAUUCAAAUUGGGGAGACAAUGGAAUUUUCAAAAUCCUCAAAGGUUACAAUUUCUGUUCGAUCGAACUCUUAGUGAUGGCCGGCAUCGCAGACGUUUCUUAGUAAUAAUCAUGACAAUAAUUUUAUAUUAUUUUUAUCAUAUUAUUUGUAUUAUUCCUAUUAGCAUAGGUAGUUAAUUUGUUAUUUAU